AUGAUGUUAAAAAAUUAUAACUUUUAUCGUCUCUUUUUGUAAUUUCUGGUUGAAUUAAAAACAUUUUAUUUUAAUAAAUUUAACAAUGGAAGCAAUGUUGAUCAAUGUGAAAAAAUCACCAAAUGGACGUUUCAUUCAACGUUUCAUACCGGCACGUUUUAUUUUCAUUUUUCUAAGUUCAUUCGGUUUUUUUCUAGUUUAUGCAUAUAAAGUUGUACUUAGUAUGGCCAUCAUUGCGAUGGUUAAAACAUCAAAUGUAAAUAAAAAUGUAACAAAAAUUUCAUUAAUUUUGAAUGAUAAAUGUCCUGGAACCGAAGAGAUUAAUAAUAUUGUUGGUGAAUUUGAUUGGUCCGAAUCGAUAAAAAAUUAUGUUCUAGCUUCAUUUUUUUAUGGCUAUGUACUUACACAGAUUCCGGCAGGAAUUUUAUCGAAUAAAAUUGGUGGAAAAUGGAUUUUCUGUAUCAGCCUAUUGAUUGCUGCCAUUUGUUCAUUAUUAAGUCCAAUUGCUGCACGUCAAAGUUAUAUUUGGCUUAUUAUAUUAAGAUUUAUUCAGGGUUUAUCCGAAGGUGUUGUUUUUCCUUGUAUGAAUAUGAUGAUAGCACAAUGGAUGCCCAAAAUGGAACGUAGUCGUGGAACAACAUUGAUUUUUACUGGUUCACAAUUCGGCACCGUAUUUACAUUACCAAUAGCAGCACAAUUAAAUGAAAGUAAUUUAGGUUGGACAGCUUCAUUCUAUUUACUUGGCAUAAUAGGUAUAGUUUGGUUCAUUUUAUAUGCAUUACUUGUAUUUGAAUCACCGGAAAAGCAUCCAUUCAUUUCACAAAAUGAAUUCGAUUAUAUUGUACAUAAUGGUGGUGGUAAACAAAUUGAUUUUAAAUUCUCCAUACCUUAUCGAAAAAUAUUUCGUUCAAUUCCUGUUUAUGGUCUUAUAUUAACAAAUUUUGGACAGAAUUGGACUUUUCUUACUAUUUUAACUUAUAUGCCAACGUAUAUGAAAAAUGUACUACAUACAAACAAUACUCAGAAUACAAUCAUCUCAGGCCUUCCCUAUCUAGGUCAAGCAUUGUUCGGUUGGAUUUGUUCAUUUAUUUCGGAUAAAUUACGUUCAAGUGGACGAUUACAGAUAACAACCAUUCGAAAGAUAAACAAUUUUAUCGCUUUCAUACCACCAGCUUUAUGUAUCGCUUUGAUUCCGAUUGUUGGAUGUAAUCAAAAUGUUAGCUGUAUUCUACUCAUAUUGGCUGUUACAAUUAAUGGCGCAACUUUUAGUGGCUAUAAUUCUACACAUGUUGAUAUGGCACCUGAUUUUGCUGGCAUUUUAAUGGGAUUAACAAAUAGUUUUGGUAAUAUGCCUGGAUUUAUCGUACCAACUGUAGUGAAUUUAUUCACAGAAAAAGAGAGUACAAUAAAAAGCUGGUCAUAUGUUUUCUAUGUUGCCGUUGUUGUCAACAUAUUGACCACAUUGAUUUAUACAAUUAUGUGUACAGCUAAAGAACAGAUAUGGGGUCGUAUAAAACAUUGAAUUGUUAUUGAUUUGAUGGAAAAAUUUGAUAGAAAUUUUUCUUUUUUUUCUGUUUUUUUUAAAUUGUUUUUUGAUUAGAAAUUUAUAAACGGAAAGAAAAAAACAUCUAAGAUAUUUAU